UCUAUGCACCUUGAAUAGCCAAAGGUUAUUAAUAAAUGCAUCAACUUACUCUCGAUAAAUAGAACACUGCAGUAGUGAAACGUCUAUAGGUACAGAAAUUGUAUUCGUGUUCAUUAUAUUUAAUUUCGUCUUCCAUUUUCCUUCUCACCUUGUCAAAGAAUUAGGAUGGGAGUUCUUUCCAAUAAGAUUGAAAGGAAGCAAUUGAAACGCGGAGAUCAUAUCUACUCAUGGAGGCAGGCUUACCUCUUUGCACAUCAUGGAAUAUAUGUUAAUGAGCAAGUGGUAAUCCACUUCACAACUGGAACACCGACUUCUGUUAACAGUUUAUUUACAAGUUCAGCUCCUUCUUUUGAUACCAACAACAUUCCUUGCCCAAUAUGCGGUGAUCGCAGCAAAACAAGGACCAAGAACGGUGUCUUCUCGUCCUGCUUAGAUUGCUUCCUUUCUGGAGGUGAGCUAUGCCGCUUUCUGUAUGGUGUCAAUAAACUGCAUUUUCUAGUCCAAGCUCGAGGAGGUACAUGCACCCUUGCUUCAUCUGAUCCAACGGAUGAAGUCAUCUACCGCGCUAUAUAUCUUCUUGAAAAUGGAUUUGGUGACUACCAUGUCUCCAAGAAUAACUGUGAAAAUUUUGCAAUGUAUUGCAAAACAGGCCUCCAAGUAAUCACAAACGACAGUGUAGGUGGCGGAAGUGGACAGGCCACAUCUUACUUGGCUGCUGCCAAGUCCGUAGUUUUUUCAUCAAUUCCUGUGGUUGCCAGUUAUUAUAGUCCAGCAUUGGUUGGUUGUUUAUGGUACAGCCGUAAAAGAUUAAUUUCUGAUAUUGGAUAUCGCAAAGAUGUUACUAUUAAAGUACCCGUGGAAAGAAUCUCUGAGAUGGCUAGAAGAGAAAAUUAGCGUGGUUGAACAAAAAGCUAUUUUGUGGAAUGUCUAUGUUUGAAUGGUGUUUUAAAGAUGCCUUUCUUAAGUUUCAAUUAAGUUCUUAAGAAAUCAUUUAGCUUGUUUGUUUUAGCUUUUAGAGAG